GACGAGGACCCGAAGCCCCCCCCCCGGUGUGAUAUCCGGGAGGGAAGGAAACCUCUUGGCUCUUGCUGGACCGGCGAUGGGGCACUGGUGGGAUCGCGUGGUGCUGCCGGUGCGGCGCGUCUGGCUCGGCGUCGCCUCCCGCUUCGGGGUCCGCCAGUCCGGGCUGUGGAGGCUGCGGCAGGAGGUGAGCACGUGCGAGUACGAGGACGUGCAGGUGAUGUGGGAGAUGCUGAGCCGCACCACGCCGGCGCCGCCGGCCACCGCGCGCCCGCGCGCGCACAGCAGGUUCCGCCAGCCGCGGCCCUGGGCCGGAAGACUCCGCCUCUGCCGGGACACCUAGGAGCUGAGGAUCGUUCCAGUUCCAAGCUAGGUCUCGCCGUGCGCCACGGCUGUCUUCUUUAGCUUUCCUCUCCCAUGACUUUUCCAUGGUUCCCUUCCUCUUCUGCUGCUACGUUUGCUGGGCUCUGAGACAGGUGUAGCCGAUUCCUCCCCGUGUAUCCAUCGGUCCACCGUGUAGAUGUCGAUACUUGGGGUAUGUGAAUGAACAGAGCUGUUUGGUGUUCCUUCCACCUUCAUGUUUACCGAGCACGUGAUAUAUGUAUAUAUACGUUCCAAUACGCAGGUUUACCUA